UAGGUUAGAACAGCACAACAAAACAAACAACAAUGUACAAAAUCUCAACAAAAUGAACUGCAUAAUUCCAAGCAGUAACGUUAAAGUUUUAGCCAAAGGUUUAAGCGCCUUGUCUAAAGUAGGGGAUGAACUGUUCAUAGAAUUCAAGGAGGAAACCGUCUCAUUCAUCACAUUGAACCAAAGCAAAACUGUAUGCAGUAGAUUCGAUUUGUUGUACAGUUUUUUUUCAUCAUAUGAAAUCAAUGGGGAGCAAAUUGAAUCUCAUGACAACCAUGCGAUUACCUGUAAAAUCCACCUUAAAAUACUGUUACCACUUUUUAAAGGCUUACACUUAGAUAGAAAGCUGGAGUAUUUAAAAAUCAGUUAUGGAGCGAACGAAGAUCUGAUACUGUUCAAAAUGAAGUACAAAUGCGACGACAUAAUUAUGUUGCACAAACUAAGACUCAUGGAGUCGGAAGUCUUAAAAAUUGGCGUAAACGUAACCUCAGGUUGUAACAACAUGUGUGCCACAAGCUCGUUUUUCAACCAACUGCUGCAGAUGUUCAGCAAUUCGGAUGAUGAAAUAACAUUCGAAAUAAACAAAGAAAAACUGAUGGCCAGAAAUUAUUAUGUGGGGUCGGUGCCCAGACCGAAGAGUGUGAGGAGUCAAGUGAGUUUAAAUGCUCACGAAUUUAUCAUAUACAAAAUUGAAACUGUCACCACAUUGAAUUUUUCCCUGAAACCCCUCAGGACUGCCAUACAUUUUGCUGAUGGUUUGAACUUGAAUGUUGGAUUUAAUUUCGAAAAGGGAGGACUGCCCAUGUCUAUUAUAAUGAAAAGUCCAACGUUCGAGGUGAUCUUUAUUGUGGCCACACUGAAUCCUUAUUGUGAUGCACAAACCACAGUAACGGCGUGUUCAAUACCAACCAGAAUUACACAAAACAGUCAAGGUAACACUUCAAUUUUGGCUAACAUGAGUGUCGAGGAUCAAGAAGCUGUGCUCAACGAGUUCUGGAAUGACUUCGAAGGUGACAACCAAUCUAUCAAAAGCAAAUCUAAGCAAAACAACAAAAAACCUUUAUCAGAAAGAAGUACAACAACAGAAAGUAGUGAUGAAAUACUAACAACUAAAAGCGUCAAAGGCAAACUAAGAGCCAACAAGAAUAAAAGCUUCAAAGAAUUGAUGGGCAAAGCUACAAUACAAAGAGCUUCAAAAGAAAACGUGGAUGAUGAUGAUGAAGAUAUGGAUGUGUUGCCAGCCUCACCUGAAUCUCCAAGGCGUAAAAAGAUCAAACAUGUCUUUGGUAGAUGUAUCGAUUCCACUUACUCGACGACUGUUUUGGGCGAUGUUUUGGUCGGAAACAGCGAUUCUGAAUAAUAUUAUCAGUGAUAUUCGAACAAAUCUUGUUUUUGUAUUUAUAUUGUUAUUAUACUUUUUAUUUUUUAA